ACACACGCGUUUAUAGGGAGAACUUCUUAUUGCAGAGCACAUCAGUUUGGGCAGAGACAGACAUGAGCGCGCAGACGAGACUCGUUUCCUUCAUCUUUAUUCUCGCUUUGAUUUGGUUCGCGAGCUGCGCGCCCCCGACCUGUUACUCACGCUCUCUGGUGCUCAGCAAAGAAAUCACGAGAGCUUUGGACACAAUACAUAAAUCUAGUCGCACGAAAACAUGCGCAGAGUUUUUGCCAAAGAUGUUUCUAGACGUGCACAACUCCUGCAUCCGCUCUAAGCUGCGUGAUUUCCUGUAUGUGACUGAGAAUCUGCCCACUGAAUACUGCAGAAAGCUGCCGCGCAUCCAGCUCCUGAAGCGCCGCGUCCAGAUCCUGUAUUCCAUCAUCACCCGCUUCUGCUAUCGGGAUCUGGAGUUUUCCACAAAUGAUUGUGAGGCUCUGGAAACAGGAAACAUCAGUCCACGAUACGCAGAGGACCGGCUGAAACAUCUGAUAGAGGACGCCUGAGAUAAACACUUUCAUAUGACACACAACAACAGCACCAAUGCUUUCCCUAAUAUUACAC